AUGGAUCAAUCAAAUGCUAAUCUUAAUAAUACAAAUAACUUAUCUGAAACUACCUAUACACAUUGUGGAGGAAUCAAUGAAUUUAUAAGAUAUGUUGGUACAAAACUAAGUUUAAAUGCAACAUGCAACUGUUGUUCUGACCAGAAGAAACAAAGCUCAUCAAGUAAAAAUCCAGUUAUUGAAAGUAUAAUACAAGACCAGUCAAUUUAUCUACUACUUGAGAGCACUCCUGAUUCAACUCCAUCAGAAGAGGAUGAAAGUCUAAUUUAUAAAAUGGGUGAUGUCAAAGAACUAGUAGCUGCAUAUUUUCUAGAUAAUGAUGAGAAUGAAUGUGUUAAAUUUUCUGCUGUUAUUGAAUUAAAUAAUCAGUUUAUCGAAGAAGCUUUAUCUAGUGAAAAAGAACAAAAUAAUGGUCAAAGUUUUUGUUACUAA